GCACAACGUGUCUGCGGAGCACCUGAGCGUCAAUGUAAUCCGAGCGUUCGACGAGGGAGGGUCGUAGGAUGCCUCCCUCCGCCAUGGGUUGUACUAGUCCGUUGUUGAAAGACGAUCCGAGUGACAUUAACAAUACCAGUGGUCGCAUUAAAUGUGUUUUAGUUGGUGAUGGAGCUGUGGGAAAAACAUCAUUAGUGGUUAGUUAUAGUACGAAUGGAUUUCCCAACGAAUAUGUACCGACUGCCUUUGAUAACUUCAAUGUUCUGGUGAAAGUGGAUGGACAACCAUUUAGUGUACAAUUGUGCGACACUGCUGGACAGGACGACUUCGACCCGCUGCGCUCGCUGUGCUACCCGGACACGGACGUGUUCCUGCUGUGCUUCAGCGUGGUGUGCCCCACGUCGUUCCAGAACAUCUCGGACAAGUGGCUGCCCGAGGUGCGGCGGCGCUGCCCCGACGCGGCGCUGCUGCUCAUCGGCACGCAGAGCGACCGGCGGCGCGACGUGCGCCUGCUGCAGCAGCUGGCGCGCUACAAGCAGGCGCCGGUGACGGAGGCGCAGGCGCGGGAGCUGGCGCGGCGGAUCGGCGCCGCCACCUACGUGGAGACGUCGGCGCUCACGCAACGCGACCUCAAGGAGGCCUUCGACCAGGCCAUCGUGUGCGCCCUGCGCCGCCGCGGCGCGCUCUACUCCGCCUCGUCGUCGACGUCGUCCGCCGCGGGCGUCGCUGCCGCCUCCGCCGCAGGCGCCGCCAGGCACAGACAGCUCGGUGACAAAAAGAAACAAUCGCUGUGGCAGAAGUUGUGUUGUUUUUCCUAG